AUGAGGGCCUUCCUCGACCAAUCUUACUGCAUCCCCAACCCAACCUUCACCCUCAAAGACCUCCCCGACCAAUCCGACAAAGUCCACAUCGUCACCGGCGGCUACGGCGGCGUGGGCCUCGAGCUCGUCCAGCUCCUCGUCCAACGCAACGCCACCGUCUACAUCGCCGGCCGCACCCAGUCCAAAUACGACGCCGCCCUCCCAUCCCUCCGCGCCGCCUUCCCCGCCUCUACCUCCCGCAUCGAGUUCCUCCCCCUCGACCUCGCCGAUCUCCCUUCCAUCCCCGCCGCCGCCAACCGCUUCCUCGCCGCCGAAUCCCGCCUCGACGUCCUCACCAACAACGCCGGGGUCAUGGUGCCCCCACGUGGCAGCGUCACCGCCCAAGACUACGAGCUCCAAAUGGGGACGAACUGCCUCGGCCCCUACCUUUUCACUCAAUGCCUCCUCCCCCUCCUCCAACGCACCGCUGCUACCGCCCCCCGGCACUCCGUCCGUGUCACCUGGGCCGCCUCCAUCGUCAUCGAGCAAGCGCCGACGGGCGGGAUCGCGUGGAACGCCGCGACGGGGGGCCCGACGGUGCUGGGCGGGCUAAACGGGGUGCGGCGGAACUACGCGCAGAGCAAGGCGGGGAACGUGAUGCUGGCGACGGAGUUCGCGCGGCGGUAUGGGAAGGACGGGAUCGUGAGCGUGUCGUGGAACCCGGGGAACUUGGCGUCGGAGCUGAUGCGCGAUGUGCCGAGCGUGGCGCGGUGGCUGGCGAGGUGGGUGUUUUUGCAUCCGGUGAGGUUGGGGGCGUUUACGGAGUUGUUUGCGGGGUGGAGUCCGGAGAUUGGGGAAGGGAGGAAUGGGGCGCAUGUGAUUCCGUGGGGGAGGCUGGGGGGGUAUCGAGAGGAUUUGGUGAGGGCGACGAGAGAUGGGACGGCGGAGAGGUUUGUGGAGUGGUGUGAGAGGGAGACGAGCAAGUAUGCGAAGGUGAAGCUAUGA